AUGGCGAAACGCAAGAGAGAUGAUGGUGCGGCUAGGUGGACUUAUGAAUUGGAGGAAAAGUUCGUGGAGCUGUGGCAACAGUACGGCUGCCUGUACGAUGUCACAGCGAGGGACUACCACGACAGGUUGAAAAAAGAAAAAUGCUGGAGAACGAUAGCGGAAGCCCUCAAGCAACCCGUUGGUGAGGUACAAACAAAAGCUGCUUCCCUCCGAACACAAUAUGGUAAAGUACUCCGUCCAAAGCCAAGUGGCAGUGGCGACAAAGAAUUAACUACCAGACAGAAAUGGAUUUUAAAUAACCUGCAGUUUCUACAACCAUUUGUUGUUCACCGUGUGUCUCAGUCUACACUGAAUUUGGAUGACUUAGAACAGAGCAUCACUGAUGAGGGUGGAGAAGACCAGGAGACAGAAGAGGAUGUGUGUGAGUCAUCCACCUCCACCUCCCACCACACAUCUACAUCUUCAACUCCACAAACCCCACUUGAAACCUCAUCAUCUCACCAUCAUCACAAGGUCACAAUCAAUCCUGAAAGGGCAAAUUACAAGGCCAAACAAAAAUCAAGAGACAAAUCAUCAGAUGAACUUGAAAUAGAGAAAGUUAACAUUCUUAAAAAUAUGUCUGAAUCACUAGUAGAUGCCAGUAAGGAUGUUGAUCAAACAUUUGGCAAACAGGUAGUGACCGAGAUGAAGCUGAUCAAAGACCCACUGACCAAAAUGAGAUUGCGUCGCAACAUCCUUAUGAUGUUAUAUGAUGCACAUGAGAAUGAGGCCAGAUUAGCAUUAGACCCCCCACGAGCUUUACGCCCCCAAACAACUUGGCAGGGACACACAAAUUUUAAUCAACCCUACCAAAACACAUCCAAUCAUGUACCCUCUGCAACACCUCCAGUGAGCUAUCUCAGGGCAGUAGAAGAGGCAUAUGACCAGGAAAGAGACAGGAUGUAGGGUCAAGUCUUGAUCUGUUUUUGUUUUUUGUUUUCUGAUGGUGCUAGACUGCAGUCACAUUGUUGGUUUUGCUGUUUUUUGUUGGCACUUUAUCAGCCGUUGAUGUUUAUUCUGUUCUGCAAUAUUUGCAUAUUUAAAAAAGUGAAUACAUUUUUUUGUAAAGAGUAAAGAAAAGAGAGUGUAAUUUAUUUUUAAUAAAA